ACUACUCUCCUCCAGAAUUUCCCUCCUUUCUAUCCUAGUCUGCUUUUUUACCAAUUUCCCUACUCUUUUUCUCUCCCCUUGAAUGGCCUCAAAACCCUAAUUUCAAAUAUCAAACCCAACAAAAACCCUAAUUUCCCAAUUCCCAGACCCUCCAUGGCUCGCCGAUCUUUUUCCCUCCUCAAAACCCUAACCAAGCCCACCACCUCCUUCUCUCUAACCCCCACCCCAACCUCCCGAUCCGUCACCUACAUGCCGCGACCCGGCGACGGAGCACCACGCGCAGUCACCCUCAUCCCCGGAGACGGGAUCGGGCCUUUAGUCACCGACGCAGUAGAACAAGUAAUGAACGCGAUGCACGCACCGGUUUACUUCGAGAAGUACGAAGUCCACGGCGACAUGAAUCGCUUUCCGGCAGAAGUAAUCGAGUCGAUUAAGAAAAACAAAGUUUGUCUGAAAGGUGGAUUGAAGACUCCGGUCGGCGGUGGCGUCAGCUCGCUGAAUGUGUCGCUAAGGAAGGAAUUGGAUUUGUAUGCUUCGCUGGUGAAUUGCUUUAAUCUGCCAGGGUUACCCACCCGGCACGAAAAUGUUGACAUUGUUGUUAUUAGAGAGAAUACUGAAGGGGAAUACUCUGGGCUUGAGCAUGAGGUGGUUCCUGGUGUUGUUGAAAGCCUUAAAGUGAUAACGAAGUUUUGUUCGGAGAGAAUUGCGAAAUAUGCAUUUGAAUAUGCUUAUUUGAAUAAUAGGAAGCAGGUGACAGCGGUGCAUAAGGCAAAUAUUAUGAAACUUGCUGAUGGGUUGUUUUUGGAGUCUUGUAGAGAGGUUGCGACAAAAUAUCCGAGUAUUAAGUAUAGUGAGAUUAUUGUGGAUAAUUGCUGUAUGCAGCUGGUAUCGAAACCUGAGCAAUUUGAUGUGAUGGUUACUCCUAAUCUUUAUGGCAAUCUUGUGGCAAAUACAGCAGCUGGUAUAGCUGGAGGCACUGGUGUCAUGCCAGGAGGUAAUGUGGGAGCUGAUUAUGCUGUUUUUGAGCAAGGUGCUUCUGCUGGAAAUGUGGGAAAAGAAAAAAUGGUGGAACAAAAGAAGGCAAACCCAGUGGCUUUGCUCCUCUCAUCUGCCAUGAUGUUGAGACACCUCCAGUUUCCUUCAUUUGCUGAUAGGCUUGAGACUGCAGUGAAGCGUGUAAUAUCUGAGGGGAAGUGUCGAACCAAAGACCUUGGUGGAGACAGCACCACACAAGAGGUGGUUGAUGCUGUCAUUGCUAAUCUGGACUGAUACUGGGAAUUCUGCCUCCAUUUUCAGCCAUUAUUUCAUACAACAAUGUCUUCCUGUGCAAGUAUCAUGCUACCGUUCUUUCCCCCCCCUUUUUGCUGCUAUACAAGUUAAUACCAGUCUUCCGCGUGAGAUGAUCAUAGGGUAAUACUAUUCUUCUUGUUUCUUUCUUUUUUCCUUUUUCUCCUUCCAAAUAAGUUGAGUUCUUUUCUUUUUUGGUUGUGAGGGGAUCAAGGAACGUAGUACUUAAGAACUUGCCCCUUAUUGUACAGUUGAAUGAAAAGUUCUACAUUUGUAUCA